UGAAAAAUGAGCUAGGAGCGUGUUUCAUUAUAAUCUCUAUGUUCAUGCAUAGCCAUUGGUGCAUGGAUACGUAGCAUAAGCCUUCCCACACGGUCCCAUGUCAAUCUGUCUAGUUUCUGAAUCGAAUUUGGGAAAUCCUUCCUCUGAUUUACAGGUUUCCCAAUAUUCGGCCAAAAUGUCUGUCCCCAUCUUCUUCAUAUUCUGGUUUGUUACCUCUCUGAUUAUACUUCAAGGCAAUCCCAUUAAUGCUGAUCCCGCAAUUGACCCAAAACCUUCUCCUCAUACAAAAGGUUUCUUUAUAAAUUGUGGGGCUACAGAGGAUGUGGAGAUUGACCAACUUAAAUAUGUCACAGAUGAUAGCUUUAUAUCACCUGAGAACACAAAAACAGCAGUCAUUGAUGAACCAGAUAUAUUGCCAAUAUUAUCCACUGUGAGAUAUAUGCCUGAUAGGGCAGCAAGGAAAAAAUGCUACAAUUUCCCGGUGGUCGAAGGAGUAAAAUAUUUGGUGAAAACAAUCUAUUAUUAUGGACAUUUUGAUGGAGGUACUUCUCCACCUGUUUUUGAUCUUAUUACUGAUGGUACCAAAUGGAGCACAGUGAAUACCACAGAGGAUUUUUCAAAGGGAAUGGCUUCCUUCUACGAGGCCGUGUUCAUGGCUUCUGAUGAGCGAUUAUCUGUUUGUUUAGCAUAUAAUGACAACACGGCUUCUAGUCCAUUUAUAUCUGCUCUGCAAGUGCAGCCUCUUGAUAAUUCAGUAUAUAACACAAUUGAUUUCAGUAAAUAUGCAUUGGUGACCGUUGCGCGUCAUAAUUUUGCUCCUGAUGGGGAUGUUAUUAGUUUUCCAGAUGACAAAUACGAUCGGCACUGGUACCCGUUUCUAGAUAAACAUCCUGAGGUGUUAAGUCACUCCAAUGUUUCUGCUUCAGAGUUUUGGAACAAUCCACCACAGAAAGUGUUUCAAAGCGCGAUUACCGCCAGCAGAGGACAGAGUCUUCAAGUCAUGUGGCCACCAUUCCCACUUCCUAAAAGACCUUAUUACAUUGCACUAUACUUUCAGGACACAAGAACCCCUAGUCCUUAUAGCUGGAGAGUUUUUGAUAUUGAUAUCAAUGGCGAAACAUUCUACGGCGGCCUCAAUGUAACCAGCAGUGGAGUCAUGCUUCAUGGCGAUCUUUGGCCAAUAAGCGGACAAACUAAGAUAACCUUGACGCCUAGGAGCGAUGUACCUGUCGGCCCUUUGAUCAAUGCAGCUGAAAUAUUACAACUUGUGGCUAUUCAAGAGAAGACUGCAUUUGCUGAUGCAAAUGUGAUGGAUGACUUCUUAAAAUCCGUUCAAAAUCUUCCUCCUGACUGGAGUGGUGAUCCGUGCAUGCCAUUGAACAUUUCAUGGACAGGAGUAGGUUGCAGACAACGAUUAAAUACUCGGAUCAUCUCUCUAAAUCUGACCAAUCUCCAUCUGUCCGGAACAUUGCCAGAGAGUUUGGCCAAUUUAACUGCACUUCAUCAUCUAUGGCUUGGAGGUAACUCAUUUUCUGGUCCACUACCUGAUUUGAGCACAUUAACGGCCCUGGAAACUCUGCAUUUGGAGAAUAAUCAGUUUCAAGGUCCAAUUCCGAUAUCACUAGGACAGCUCCCAAAUCUGAGAGAAGUAUUUCUCCAAAACAACAACUUUACUGGUGACAUCCCGGCUUCAUUAUUGAACGGACGUGAUAUAUUUCUUCAGUUCUGAGUUAUGUCCCCCCCACCCCUGGAAAAUGGAAGUACACCUGUUUCGAAGACAAUGUCAAACAAAUUUAAAGAAUAGGGGGGCGUUCUAUAUCUCUGAGGCACCUGUUUCUGAUGUUCCACAUAGAAUGAGGCUGAAGCAAGAAAGUAUGGAUAUAACUUUUUAAAGAUUGACAUGAAACUCCAUAAACAAAAGCUAGAUACUGGCUGAUGUUUUGAAGAGAAUAGAAUAGAAAUGUCUCACUGCUUACUGGUUACAGGAUAUAGGAGACCUUUUAACACUAUUUUCUUCCAUCUUUGUCGCCAUAGCCACUUUGGAAAUCAAAGGCAACUCCACUAUUUUCUUCCAUCAUGUUAUUGUUGUACAUUUUCGUUUUCUUUCUACACUCUUAUUAAAGG